AUGGUGACUCUCGACGAGUUAGUAGGCAACGGCCUACUGCAAAAGCCCUCAGACACAGCACCUACUCAGGUUGAACGGGCCGAGUCCAACUACAAGUCCCUCGACAGCUUUGCCCUUCCCAAGGACCGGGGCUACCAACAACAAUUCGCCGACGUCUACUUCCUCCGUCUUACCAAAAUAAAGCCCGCCGUCGAGCAGGUGGCCGCAGCAGCAUGGAAAAACACGGUCCUCGGCGGUGAGAAGGCCACCAAGGUGGACCGCGUGUUGGAUGUGCGGCAAGGCCACUUGUGCUGGGUGGCUGGUACGGUCUACAUGGACAUGCCUCUCAAGCCGAAUGUGCUGGACGAUGUGUCGAAGGAUCGCUGGAUUUCAGGUCCCACGACAGUCGAAAACUACUUUUCCAAUACGGGCGAAGAGACGCUGAUGCUGGAGGACGAGUCUGGCCGCCUCAAACUCGUGGGCGAUGUCCUCAAAAACUACUUCCUCGUCACCGGGUGCAUCAUUGCCGUGAUGGGCACCGAGAACAUCAACGGCGAGUUCGAGGUCCUGGACCUGAACUUCGCUGACCUCCCACCACAGCCCGACCGCUGGUCUCUUUCCAAAGCCCCCAAAAUCCCAAAACCAAAGAGCGAAGACAUCGAGAUGACCGACUCUUCCUCGCCCUCCCAGUCGUCCAAGAAAAUCGCCCUCGUUUCUGGUCUUGAAUUCUCUGGGACCGACACAUCCUACGCCAUGGAACUCAACCUCCUCCUCGAGUAUCUCCUCGGCGAAGCGCUAGACCCGACUGCCCAGUCCGACGUUUCCCAAAUAUCUCGCCUUUUCAUAGCCGGCAACUCUAUCGCCAAACCCUCGGAGCACGACCCGGCCACCGAUAAGAAGGCGCUCAAGAAAUACGGUUACGAUUCCUCCUCGUACAAUCCCCUCCCCUCCCAACUCCUCGACACUUUCCUCACUUCGCUGCUCCCCACAAUACCUAUCACUCUCCUCCCGGGCGUCCAAGACCCAGCAAACGUCAGCUACCCGCAACAACCAAUCCACGCCGCCAUGUUUCCCAGCGCACGCACCUAUACCGCCGAACCCACACCGUCACCGUCUGCGUCGGAUGAACCGGGGUGGCUGGACGCGGUGACGAAUCCGUGGGAGGGCGAGGUAGAAGGGUGGCGGGUGCUCGGCACGGGUGGACAAAACCUGGACGACAUAUGCAGAUAUGUCGACAGCGCAGACCGGUUGGGCAUGAUGGAGGCUAUGUGCCGGUGGCGGUGCAGUGCGCCAACAGCGCCAGACACCCUCUGGUCCUACCCCUUCCAAGACGACGAACCCUUCGUCAUGAAAACAUGUCCACACCUCUACUUUAUCGGAUGCCAACCCGAGUUCGGAACCAAAAUCAUCGACGGUCCCCAAGGGCAGAUGGUGCGGUUGGUCUUAGUCCCCUCGUUCGCUGCUACCAAGGAGAUCGUUUUGAUCGACACCGAGACGUUGGAUGUGUCAAAAGUGAAAAUCAGUGCAUAA